ACAUCAAUGGUAAAUAAAUGUGUGCAGCUCCAAUGCUGAUGCGACCGUACAGAAAUGUAAACAAGCGGUGAUCGAUCCUCCUGAUCGACCCUCCUGGAUCAUUUCUACAGUUUAUUGUAAAGAAGAGAGCAUGAAUGAACUGAAUUGUGUUCGCCGUAACAGCUGCGAGAGUGAGCCGCAGUUCAAAGUCCAUCAGCUGCAGGAAGUGUUUCCUGUUGAUGUCCAGCAGAUGUUGGUGAUCAAAGAAGAGGUUCCCCUUCAGCCUAGCCCCUCUGAGGACCAGUGGGGCCCAGAACCCCUGCACAUAAAGGAGGAGCAGGAAGAUCAGUGGACCAUUCAGACCCCAGAACACCUUAAAGGGCUGGAGGAGGCUGAUACUAGCAGGUUCCUAUUCACUGCUACUCCUGUAAAAAGUGAAGAUGAUGAAGAGAAACCUCAGCCAUCAGAGAUUAAUUUGCAUGAAACAAAUAAACAAAUAAAAACUGAAACUGAUGGAGAGGAUUGUGGAGGGCCAGAAUCAGCCAGAAAGCUAGAUCCAAAAAGUAAUUUACAGCCAAAUUCAGGUGAAAAGGAUUCAGACUCUUCUGAGACUGAAGUUAGUAAUGAGAGUGAUGAAUGGCAGGGACCUUUGUCAGAUUCUGGACCUGAAACUGAAGACAGUGACAAUGACUGGAAGCAGAGAAGGGUUCCUGAGUCAGCGGAAAAUAGCAAUGUGGGAUGUGAUGCUACCAAAAAACCCUUUAGCUGCUCUGAGUGCAGUAAAGAUUUUCUCCACAGGCAGUCUCUCUACAGACACAUGAGAAUCCACACAGGAGAGAAACCUUUUGGUUGUGCUGUUUGUGGUGAGAAAUUUAGCAGGAAGACACAUUUUAAGACACACAUGAGAGUUCACACAGGUGAAAAACCAUUUGACUGUGGUUUUUGUGGUAAAGGGUUUAGCCAAAAGUCUAAUUUUAAGGAACACUUACGGGUCCACACAGGAGAGACUCCAUUUGGCUGUGAUGCUUGUGGAAAAAGGUUUAGAGUUCAUUUUACUCUUAAAAGACACAUGAGAGUCCACACGGGAGAAAAACCAUUUGUUUGUGUUGACUGUGGAAAAACAUUCAGUUCUAAUACACAUCUUAAGACACACUUGAGAGUCCACACGGGAGAGAAACCCUUUGGUUGUGGCAUUUGUGGUGAAAGAUUUGCACAGCAAGGGGUUCUGAAGAGUCACAUGAGAGUUCACACAGGAGAGAAACCGUUUGGUUGUGCUGUUUGUGAAAAGAGAUUUAGACAACAGAAUACUCUUAAGAGACACAUGAAUGUCCACACAGGAGAGAAACCAUUUUCCUGUGGCAUUUGCGGUGAAAGAUAUACAAGACAGGGAAGUCUGAAGAGACAUAUGAGAGCACACACAUGAUAGAUUUUCUACAAUUGCAGCUUCACAUGACAAACAUUUUGUAGGGCUCCUUGUGCCUAUACAUGUCUAACCCUUUAAAUGCUUAGCUUCUUUAACUGUCUGGUGUUGUCUGGCAGAGGGACAUAGUUGCUGUAGUUUCUCUGGGUACUGGGGUUUGCUGGGUGGGACUUCGGGC